AUGCCUUACGAUGCCCAUAAUCCAUUAACGGUAUCACUACCUUAUAAUUUUAUAAACACAAAUGAUUAUCCAACGGAAGUGAUGGCUAAUAGAUUUUCAGCUUGGAGAUCAAUAAUAAAAGAAUUAUUAAAUUAUUUCAAAGAAUAUGUUAGUGUUCAAGAAGAAAUAGUACGUCAACAAAAUAGAUUACAACUGUCAGUUGGGGCAGCUGCACGUGGCUAUAAUUCACAGCCAAAUGGUCAUACUCCGUCAUCAACAACAAAUCAUAAUAAUAAUAAUAAUCAUUUGGAUUUAGAAGCUAUAUCAAAAUCAUUUUUACCUGUGGGCAAUGGAUCAAUACAGGAUAUCCCCACUGUCUUAUUUAAAUAUCAUCAACAAAAUGUCACCAAUGCAUCAAAAACAUUAAAAGAUAUAAAUGUUAUAAUAAUACCAAAAUUAGAAGAAUUAAGAAAAGACUUGUUAGUAAAAAUAAAAGAAAUUAAAAAUUUACAAAAUGAUUUUAAAAAUAAUUUAGGUAAAGAAAUAAAUGAAACAAAAUUAUUAAUUAGUCAAUAUAAUCAAGCUAUUGAAUUGGCAAAUAAAUUAGAUACGAAUCAUUCGAUGCAUCAUGCAGAUGCUGAUCAUGGAAAAUAUGAUCCUUAUUUGGUGAAAAUUAGAUUAGAUAGACAAAUCAAGAAACAAAUGGUUGAAGAAAAUUAUCUUUAUGAUGCAUAUCUGAAUUUACAAAAUGCAGGUAAACAAUUAGAAGGUAUAGUUGUUGUUGAAAUUCAAAAUUAUAUGUCAAUGUUUUUAAAUUUAAUUAGAGAAGAAAAUUCAACUUUUAACAAUUAUUUAGUACCAAAUAUCAGUGAAGGAUUCUUAUCAAAAGAAUCAAACUUUGAAUGGAAUGCAUUUAUUGAAAGAAAUUUACCUUCUAACAACUUAAGUGUUAGUGCUGUGGGCAAUCAAACUACUUCAUCAGUUAAAAAUGGGACCUUUAUUGAUUUAGAUAUCCCAAAAAGACAUACUCAUGAUUUAAUUAUAAAGAACUUUAAUUCAAAUUUAAAUGUUGCUGUACGUGAAGGUUAUUUAGAAAGAAGAUCAAAAUUUUUGAAGAACUAUUCAAGUGCAUGGUAUGUUUUAACUUGUAGUUAUAUUCACGAAUUUAAGAGCAAUGACAGGAAAAAAGAUCCACAUCCAGUAAUGUCUUUACCAUUAGAUUCUUGUACAGUUAGUGAUCAUUCAAAAGAUGAUGGUAAAUCAGAUGGAGUUUAUAAAUUUAUAUUGACUUCAAAACUGGCAAAUGCAUUAAUGCACAAGACUCAUAAAUGGGUAUUUAGAACAAAUACAUACCUGAAUAUGAUUGAUUGGUUCAAUGACAUCAAAAAAUUAACAAGUUUACCUACACCAUCAGCAAGAGCAAGAACAUUACCAAAUAAUCCGGAUGCUGGUAAAAUAUCAAGAGGUUCAUCUGUUCGUUCACCAACAAGAUCAUUAAGAACAGUUGAUUCAAACACUCCUUCAAAUUUACAAAGAACAAACACUAAAAACACAGCAAAUAAUAGACCAUUAUCACAAGCAACAUCUAUAGCCAAUGCGAGAAGAUUAUCAUCUACUUUUUCACAAAAGAAUAAUCAAUCACCAAGAUUAGCAAAUAUGAUAAAUAGUGAUGGAACAUUGAUAACACCAGUAGAUUCAUAUGAAGAAUUAAAAAGAAAUCCAACAAAUUCAAGUAAUUUUUAUGUCCCACAAGCUCAAAGACAAGCAAGAAGUCAACUGCCUGCAAUACAAUAUCAGCAAUCACAACAGCAACUGCCAUAUCCUCAACAACAACAACAGCAACAACAACAACAACAAACUCAACCACCAUUUCAUUUGAUCCCAGUUGAAUCAAUGGCAAGUAAUGGACAAGUCAAAAAUUAUGGAACAUCAAUUCCAGCUAGUAAUGCAUAUUAUCCACAACCACAACCUCAACCACAACAAUUUUAUGAUCCAGUUCAACAACAAUUUUAUACUAUAACUCCAUCAUUACCACCACAUCAUCAACAACAUCCACAACCACAAAUUUUUUCAACUUCCCCACAACCAACUGGACAAUAUUUAAGCAGUUCACCAGUUGCUCAACCUUUUGGAUCAGCAUAUUUUGCACAAGCCAAUUACCAGACUAAAGAUGCAACUCCAUCUGUAGCUCCUUAUCCAAUGACAGAUCAUGAUCACUCAACAAACACUACAAUAGAUGAAAAUAAUCAAGUACAAGAACAUAUUUCAUCAAAUGAAAAUACUAGUCAGACUUUAGUUAACAAUAAUGGUCACGAUUCCAACAUAAGUAGUAUUCAAAAUUUACACCCCAAUGUUCCAAGACAAUUAUCUGCUGAUGAAGUAUCAACUUUAAAGAGUAAUCAGCCAGAUCAAAAAAUUGGAGAUAUUGAUGUAAUUGUAACUAAUGAUGCAUAA